AUGUCUGUGGCAUUUGCAUCAGCUCGCCAGCGGGGGAAAGGGGAGGUCACUCAAGCCACCAUUCAAAAGAUGUUGGAUGAAAACAAUCAUUUGAUACAAUGUAUCAUGGAUUACCAGAGUAAAGGCAAAACUGCAGAAUGUUCUCAAUACCAACAAAUGCUGCACAGAAAUUUGGUUUACCUGGCAACAAUAGCAGAUUCCAACCAAAAUAUGCAGUCGUUGCUACCUGCUCCACCUUCCCAAAACCUGUCAAUGGGGCCAGGAGGAAUGAAUCUUUCUGGAUCAAAUCAAGCUUUACAUUCACAGAAUGUUCCCAAUGACACCAUGGGAGGAGGUAUACCCCCUUCUCCAUUAAUGCAGAGCCAGAUGAGCAAUGGUCCGUCUCACGUUUCAGUGCAGCAAUCAGGGCCAGCAGCAAUACCAAGCUCCUCAAUGACCAUGCCUGUAAAUAACCAUGGAAGUGCAGGGGGUUACAGUCACUCUGUCCCCUCAUCACAAAGUAUGCAGAUGCAGAGUCAGGGCCAGUCGAUGGCAAACUACGGAUCUCGGACAAACAUGAGCAUGCAAACUGGUCAAGUUCCUAUGAUGCACCAGCAAGCCGCAACCUCACAUUACAGCACCCCGCAGGGAAGUGGUCAGCAUUACCAAGGGCCAUCAGCCAUGGGGAUGAUGGGACAAAGUAAUCAAGGCAACAACAUAAUGGGGCAAAGGCCAAUGGGGCCAUAUAGGUCAUCACAACAAGGUUCUUCUCAGCAAUACAUUGGACAGGAAGAUUACUAUGGUGAGCAAUAUGGACAUGGCCAAGGACCCACAGAUUCCAUUAAUCAACAAUAUUACCCUGAUGGCCAUGGUGAAUACGCAUAUCAGCAAUCAUCAUAUGCAGAGCAAGGUUACGAGAGGUCAUUUGAGGAAUCCUCACAGCAUUACUAUGAAGGAGGAAAUUCCCAGUAUACCCAACAGCAGACAGCUUACCAGCAGGGACCAACCCAGCAACAAACUUACUCCCAACAGCAAUACCCCACCCAGCAGAGCUACCCAGGCCAACAACAAGGAUAUGGUCCGACCCAGGGAGCUGCUUCUCAGUAUCCAGGUUACCAACAGGGACAGGGACAGCAAUAUGGAAGCUACAGAACCGCUCAACCAGGGCCCUCAGCUCAGCAACAGAGGCCUUAUGGAUAUGAACAGUGCAACAAUCCAGCUGAGGUGCUAGACGUGAGUGUGGGACUGCAAAUCAACACUGCCAGCACCAUGACUUCAAAUCAGAAACGGGCCUCUGGCACAGCUUUGGAGGUACUGCAUACAGGCACAGUACGGAAACUACCAGCAAUAGGAAACAGCUGAUUGCCAUCUCUGAAACAGUCAUGUAUGCACAACAUCCUUCAUUGAUUUUUACAGACUAAAAUGAAGCAUGGACUGUCAUAUUUCAUUUUUGAGAGGUAGCUCAAAGCAGCUUCUGGAUGUUGUAGAAAUUUUCAUUCUUUUCAUGGUGAAUAGUAACAUUGCACUACCAAUGACAAGCCAAUGCGUAUUAGUUUUAGACUUGGUGCUGUGAAUAUUGUACGUUUUAAACUGUUGCACUGUUGUACAAUUGCAUCUGUUUGUUAAUAGGAUUGCAACCUAAUACUAGUGCACUUCCACCGUGGAAACACAAGAUGGUUGGUUUUAUAAGUUUGUAGGUGCUCUCUAAAGCGGUGAAUUGUCCUGUGGAUUUAAGCACCUGUGUGUUUAUACUAAACUUUGCACUAUUUUUUUUCUUCCAUAUUAAAUGCAGCAACCAAGUAUUGGAAAAAGAUCACUAAAAAAUUCACUUGUGUUUUCAGUAAGGUCUAAUAGGAAUGCAACAUGUAAAGUUGCACAUUGAAGAAGUACAUUGUCACCUUGAUCCUAAAGCAUAGAUAAAUUACAUUCAAAUGAGGAAUUAAUUGUCAGAGGUAGUUGCUGUGGUGCAUUUGAUUUCUAUAAGGGAGGCAGUCAAUUCUAUGUCAAUUCUUAUUGCUUGUUCACAGAUUGAUAUCCAUAAUUCCUCACCAUUUUUCUGAACAAAUGAAAUGCUGCGUAUGAAUGACUAUCACUUGAAUCAGGUGAAAAUGGUAUAGGGGUCAAUACUUUGAGAGUUAUAUGGCUUGAUAAUAAUGGGGUCAUCCAAAGGAAAGUAUAAAGUGUUGACUAGUGGUACACUUUCACAGUUUUUUUUAUUGUGCUCUUAAUGAGAGUGACGUGUAUGUGAAAUAAUAUUAAUAAUAGAAAAGCAAUUCUUUUGUUCUAAUUUGGUGUCCGCAAAAUGUUGCCUGAAAAAUGAUUUUUAAAACUACGACUGGAAACAGUUGUGUCUAAUAACUUUGUAUUUAUGAGUGCAAUUGUUGCAUAACUGAGUAUUGAAAAUAUUAUAUGUCAAUAUGAACAGAUAAUAUCAAUGAAUCCAUAGUGACUUCUAUGUUUAAGCUCUAAAACUAGUUCUCAUGCGAACAGCCAUUUUGCAGGAAUUUUUCAGUAGAUAGGGAAUCAAUUUUGAUAUAUUUUAUGUUUUUGUGGUUUACCUUUGGUAGCAACUUGUCUUCAUUCAGCACCUGUUCAGACUUAGUACAGGUCUAGGGAUGGCAGUAUUUUGAAAUUAGAAACAAAGCCUUGCUGCAGAUGGCACGGUGGCCAAAUGGUUACAACACUGACUGUCUUCCAUCAGAAGACCACCAGCUUGAGUUCCAAGUUGAAUGCUGUCUGUAUGAGUUCUAUCACUUGCUUGCAGGGCUUUAGGCAAAGUGGGCUGCAGCUAUUAAUCAGCCCACACUAAUUUGAGCAAAGGACUACUUGUGCUUAUAACAGAGAAGUGUUGGCAACAAUUAGAAAGAAAACAGUAAACUGGACCAUACUAUCUACCAACAAUAGGGUUCAGGAAACCUCGUGUGUGGUGGAGGGAUGGGGAUAUAUUGGGAACAUUUGGAGUACAGUUCCAGAAGUAUUACAAUAAAUGGGUUACAUUUACAUUCAUUAUUGAUUAUCAAUUUAACCAGAAAAGUGUGUUCUUUGUUCUAAAAAUUAUUCGAGAAAAUGAUUCUAAAACACACAGUCCAAAGUCAACCAUUUUGUGUAAAUAUUAAAAACAUUCCAGAGUGCACCAGCUUGUCCAAUGUGGGAAUGUAAGGACACGUAAUUUAUUGAGCACUGAUGAUUAUACCGUUUGCUGUAAGAUUUGUAUUUGUGUACAAUCACAUGAACAUUUUGCAUUUCAUUUGCCAAUUUUCUUUUGGUCUUGCUGUUAAACAGCCAAAUAGCUAAAAUACAGAUUGUACUGUGACAAUCAUCUGCUUGUUUUCAAGAAACAAAAAAACUUGAGAUUUUAGUAUAUUGAAUUUUUUUUAUGACACUUGUUGUAAUGUUAUAUGUUAAGUCUUUAACUUCUCAUCAUUAUCUAAAAACACUAAAUGUUGAGUAAAUGUGUGUGCAUCUCUAUUAAUGGAGGCAACUGCUGUUUGAAUUUAGUGACCAAAAGAAGUUGAAGUUGUUGUAAGUACAAGUGAGUUGAAUUGUCUUGCCUGUACUAGACAUUGUAUGUUGCUACUUAAAGUUGUUACAUUCUAAUUUUAAAAGGAAUCUAAUAAAUCAUUGAGUUAAUUAUAUUUUUAACGUGCUGUUCACAUGCAAAUAUCCAUCAAAUAGGAUUGUUUGUAUUAUCCUUUGCAAAACAAGACUAAUAACAUCUCAAAAUUAUGAAGUGAUGAUUGGUUAGCUUUCUAUAAGGAGGGGAGGCUUGAAAAAGUCUGCAUGUAGCAGGGAAUUGGAGUGGAUAAUCAUUACUUUUAAUGGUAGUUUUAUUUUAUGCCAGUUGAUGUUCUGAAUGCAUGCUUUGGUUCAAGGAUAACUAUUUCAUGUGUAGCAGACUAGAUGUUCCAUGCUGCAGCAGUAAACAUUCAGAAUAUUUACCCAAUGCUCCAGAAAGAACUAAUUCUGAAAUAUCAGGAAUUGAUAUGUUCUUAACUGACUUGUGCUGAGAAAUCCAUUUGGUUUUGUUGAGUGAUGUUCAUGGUUCCAAAAUGACACAUUCUGAAAUUGAAUUCUACCACUUGAGCAAUUUGACCAGCGCCACAAAAAGUAUCCACAAAACUUCUGCUGGUUUGUCAUUUUAAAACUCUGACUGCUUCAUUAAUGUUCUUCAUUCAAGGGAACCUGCUACCCCUACCUGUGGCAGUCCCAUAUGAUUGACUCACAAAACCUCAGAACAAUUGGGUUGAGCAAUAAAUGCUGCUUUUCCAAAGUUACCCUCUUCCAGAGACUAAAUAAAAGCAUAAUUAACAAGGUUAAGCAUUCUAAACAGUGGAUAUUUGUUUAAUCUCCACCUAAAUGUGAAAAAAAAUCAAUAUUUUAUGACGUGGGGAAAGUUACAAUUAUUUUCUUAAACAAAUGAUGUCUUGAGAAAUCUAAUGGUCUCUGUUUUGUUUUGUUGAAUAGCAGGUUGCAAUAUGCCUUGGGUGGUUAUUCACUUGUCAUCGCGCAAUAGAUCUCUGUUAUCACUCAUUUCCUGACAGAAAGUAUUUGAAAACUUCAGUUUAUUGUCUAUCUUCAAAGUAUAAUUGCACACAAUCUUGUGGCACAGUGAGUUCAUUCUGAUCAAUUCUACGUAGAAUCUAUUGCUGCCGUGUUCUUCUCUCUAAUAAAUAUUCACCUCCACAACUCGUUGUUUACAAUUCAGAUUAUUAAACCCCAGAAUCAUUCUUAUUGCUCCUCUUUCUUCCUUUUAAAGACAUAGUACUGUAUACUGCACACACGUUUCAUAUAUGGCCUUGCCUAUGAUCUGUAUAAAGUUGGAGUUCCUUGUUUUAGGAUAUAUAUGUGUACACCUCAGUACUUGAUUAGCCUGGAACAAAAAAAAGUUGGCUAAAUAAUCUCUGCUGUAUAAGGUUACUCUUCACUUUUAAUUUGGCGUAGAUGAGGUCUGUGUAUUUAUAUAGCAUGUGUGCAAGCUGCCUUCCAUAAAGAAAUUAUGGCUACCACAAUAAAAACAAAUAUUAUACCUUAACAGUAUAAAG